AAGAGAUGAGCGGUGCUUACCGCCGUAAAGAACAAGCUGCUGUGAGCACAGGCAUUCAGCCGAUAAGCCGUACCCGCCGACAGCUAGCGCGGCUAACCCACUACAGAUAAGUCCGAUAACUCUCGCAACCAGAGGUCCCGAGGUCCCUUCGGCUUUUCUCUCCGUCGUCUCAAGGAAACAUGGAGGUUGCGCGGUUGUCACGUGCGUUGCGCUUAGGUCGACUUUGGACGAAACAGGCAUGCCUAGCACCUCCGUCGUCGAGAUGUUUAAACCUGCACGAAUACCAAAGCAAACAGCUAAUGGCUGACAAUGGCAUUACUGUCCAGAGGUUCAAGGUAGCCGACAAUGUGUCUCAAGCACAAGAGAUUUCUCAAACUCUUGAUGUUGCAGAAUUUGUCAUCAAGGCACAAAUACUUGCUGGUGGCAGAGGAAAAGGGACAUUCAGCAGUGGCCUUCGUGGUGGAGUGAAGCUUACCAAGGACCCUGCCCAAGUACCAGAACUUGUGGAGAAGAUGCUUGGCUAUAGGUUAGUCACAAAGCAGACACCAAAGGAUGGCGUCCUAGUGAACAAGGUGAUGAUUGCUGAGGCGCUGGACAUAGCAAGGGAGACUUACCUGGCCAUUUUGAUGGACCGCUCGUACAACGGUCCUGUGGUGGUUGCCAGCCCGGCUGGUGGCGUGGACAUUGAAGACGUUGCUGAAAAGACACCACACCUGAUUUUUAAGGAGCCAAUCAGUAUUUUGGAGGGCAUCACCCGUACACAAGCACAGAACAUUGCCAAGAACCUCAACUUCAAGGGGCCACUAUUGGAUAAGGCAGCUGAACAGAUAGAAAGGUUGUACAACUUAUUUCUCAAAGUCGAUGCCACUCAGGUUGAAGUGAACCCCUUUGGAGAAACACCAGAUGGAAGAGUGGUGUGCUUUGAUGCGAAGAUCAACUUUGACGACAAUGCAGCCUUCAGACAGCAAGACAUUUUUGCUCAGGAAGACACGUCCGAGAGCGAUCCCCGAGAAGUGCUUGCAGCCAAGCACCACCUCAACUACAUUGGCAUGGAUGGAAAUAUUGCCUGCUUAGUGAAUGGAGCAGGCCUGGCCAUGGCCACCAUGGACAUUAUCCAGCUGCACGGUGGUACACCGGCCAACUUCUUGGAUGUUGGUGGCUCAGUAAAAGAAGACCAAGUCACACAAGCCUUCAAGAUAAUUACCGAUGACCCCAAGGUCAAAGCAGUCCUUGUGAACAUCUUUGGAGGCAUCGUCAACUGUGCCACCAUUGCGAACGGAAUCACAAGUGCAUGCCGCUCAAUCAACCUCACCGUGCCUCUGGUGGUGAGGCUGGAAGGAACCAAUGUUGAAGAGGCAAGGAGAAUCUUGAGCUCCAGUGGAUUGCCCAUCACCACCGCUGCAGACUUGGAAGAUGCAGCACAGAAAGCUGUAGCCAGCCUCAAAGGUUGAUUCACAGGUGCCUUCACUAGCCAAGAUGGGUCUCCCAUUCAUAAAGUGACAAACUUCUGGAGGACAGCAUGGUUCCAUUGUACAGAGCAGCUUGCAGCUGCAUUUAUAGAGCCAACGUUUUUUUUUUUCUUUUUUGUCUGCAAAUAAACUGCCAAGCAUUCCUAAAAUGUGUUGCUGCAUUUAG